AUGGAGAUGGCAAAUUAUGCAUGUUAUAAUGUAUCAUUUAGUCCUUCAAACAAUAUCUGGAUGGCUGAUGAUAUUAUGAUAAAACAUGUUCCUCUUUUGUGUCUCCAAAUUGCUUAUGAUAUUUUGGUUUCUCGGCUUUUCUACUUCGUCCUUAAGCCCCUUCAUGUGCCCCUCAUUAUUGCGCAGGUGUUGGCUGGUUUUACUCUGAGUCCAAGUCUCUUGGGAAAUUUUGAAUGGGUAUUUUCCUUGUUUUAUAGUCAAUAUGGAAUCCUAGCCGUUGAAACCUUUGCAAACUUAGGAAUAAUGUACUAUGUGUUCCUAAGUGGUUUAGAAAUGAAUUCAGACACCAUCUUAAGAUCAAGGAAGAAAGGUACAAGCAUAGCAAUUGCCGGCAUUGUGACGCCAAUGUUAUUUGGUGUUGGAUUUCUAGCUCUACAACAAAAACUUAUAGAUAAAAAUGAUGUUUUCGCACAAACACCAAAAGAAAAUCAAGGCGAAGCAUAUUUAUUCUGGUGUUUAGCACUUUCUGUAACAGGUUUCCCUGUCCUUGCAAGAAUCUUAGCUAAUCUUAAACUUUUAUAUACAAAGCUUGGAAAAGAUGCAUUGACAGCAGCUAUGUUAACCGAUGCAUAUGGUUGGGUUAUGUUUACCUUGUUGAUUCCUUAUUCGACUAGAGGUGGAAAGCCUUAUCUCUCAGUAAUCUCUACUUUGAUGUUCAUAGUUUUUUGCUUUGCUGUGGUGAGACCUAUCCUUACUCCAAUCAUUGAACACAGAACAAGUACGAACACGUGGCGAAAAUCACACCUGUUGGACGUGUUGACGGGAGUGUUUAUUUGUUCGUACAUUACGGAUUCUCUCGGUACACAUCCUAUUGUUGGAGCUUUUGUGUUUGGAUUAAUUUUUCCUCAUGGAAAGUUUGCUGAUGUGGUUUUGGAAUUGUCGGCCGAUUUUGUUUCUGGGAUUUUGUGUCCUGUUUACUUUGCUGGAUUUGGUUUUAGACUCAACUUGCCUUUCCUUUUGAAGCAAAAGAAUGCGGUUUUGAGCUCUGUGAUUGUCACUUUCUUCUUCGGUAUGCCUGCCCGAGAUGGAGUUGCCAUUGGAUUGCUUCUCAACACCAAGGGUAUCAUGGCUGUCAUACUACUGAAUAUUGCUUGGGACAAAAGGAUUUUGGAUCCAUAUACUUUCAUGGUUAUGAUGCUUGCUAUUAUAGUAAUGACUGUAAUGCCACAAAUGCUACUAGACAUUAUAAUGAUUUUCAUCGGUGGACCUGACGACCGUGAAGCCUUGUCUAUUGCAUGGAGAUUGGCGGGGCAUCCAGGAACACAAUUACAUGUUGUGAGGAUCAAUCUGUUAGGUAAGGCUGCAGAAGAAACAAAACUAAAAAUGGAAAAAAGCAAGUCUCGUCAUGGAAUGUUGUCGACGGUUAUAGACAAUGUGAUGCAAAAAGAGUUGGAUGAAGAGUGUAUAAUUUCCUUUAGGCACAAAGCAGUGAACAAUAACGAUUCAAUUCUUUACUCAGAGAAGGAAGUCCAUUCGAAUACGGGCGAAGAGAUUCCAACGCUUCUUAACGAUAUUGAUAAACCUGGAUAUGAUUUGUACAUUGUUGGACAAGGAAGCGGUAAGAACUCGGUGAUUUUUUCGAGGUUGUUGGAAUGGUGCGACCAUCCUGAACUUGGUGUUAUAGGUGACAUAUUGGCUUCAACUAGCUUUGGUACGCAAUCUUCUGUGCUUAUUGUGCAACAAUAUUUGGUUGGAAGAAAACGCGUUAUGAGAAAAUGUCAUGAAGUGAAAAGUGGUACUGAAAAUUUGUAA